AUGGGUCAAUUGCUCUACUCGAUUUCCAUAUUUUUCCUAUUGCCUAUUUUAAAUUUCAUCUAUAGACAGCAUUUGUAUGGAAUCCCACCCGAAAAGAUCAUUUACCCGGAAACGGGGAUCGAGGCGAUGAAAUUGAAAGAGGAGAGCUAUUCUCGUCAAGAAAAAGCGGCGGCAGCGGCCGAGAAUUUCGACAAAGAAAUGCCAAAUGUUGUCGCAAAUAACUCAUUGCCACUACCUGACUCAAUCUACGGCGGAAACUACAUUGGGAUGUGUCAAAAUCAGACACUCUGCGUGGGACCGUAUGCGAGAUUUCCAUCAUUGCUUGUCGUAGUGCCGGAAUAUCGAAUGAUCUCGUGUCUUAAUCAGAAAAGUCUUUCCACCGUGAUGACGGGUGUCUUUUGCUUUAUGAAUCGACCGGAGGAGUUUUUGAGACAAAAUCGGAGUCUUCUCAGAGAAUAUGGGGAUAUCAAAAUGUGCCAUUCGGCGAACGAGUACCACGGAGUGUGGCCAAUCUUUCGUGAUCUUCACGUUCCCAUUCGACAGUUGAAAAAAUGGAGCUUUUCGAUGGUGGCAAGAGAUCCGGUGGACAGAUUUCUCUCCGGUUUCGUCGAUCGAUGCAUUCGCACACACGACUCAUGCGAGGGUUGUCACUACAAUAUGACGUGUUUUCUCGAGGCUGAGCUACAAAGAGCGAUGAAUUACGCGAAUCAUCUCGAGCAUAAGAUCACUCCUGAAGAUGCGCACAUGUUCCCACAGAAUUGGCGAUGUCAAAUGGACAAAUAUCGAUAUAAAAUGCUCAAAUAUUCAAACGAUCCAACACAGGGUUUCCUUCAGGAAUUCAAACAGGAACUCGAUCGACAAAAUGUUCCAUCAAAUUUAACGACUUUCAUUGAAGAAGAGCUUUCUCGGGGACGAACGGCGCACUCAACGGUGCAAAGCGAGAUCCGAAAAUACCUCGAGAAGCGUCUUCGCUCUUCGGCUUAUCUUCUCGAAUUGAUUGUUCGACUUUUCUAUUGGGAUUAUCGAUUAUUAGGAUUCGCUUUCCCGACCACACAUGCUUUU